AUGGCCGGUAGGAGUUUCGAUGAUUUCCUACUGGCUUUCGGACAGGCGAAUGCGUUUGUUUUCAGCAGUACGACUGAAAUGCAAAAUGCGGCGAGGAACAUGUGGGAAGAUAUGAAAGACAGACCGGACGAGAUUGAUGUUUUCAUCAAAGAGACAAAUGAUGGAGAACGAGGGCGAACAAGCGCUUGGCGUGACAAAGACUCGAUCUCAAUAACUUACUGGUACUCCGCAGCAGUCCAAGCCAAACUUGGUCUACUUCUCAGAUCGUUGAAAUCGGAAUCACCUUUAUUUGCUUCUGAAAGUGCCCUGAUUUUUGCUGAUGUUGCAGUGGAGCUUUUGCGAUUCCAAGAACGAAAUUUUGGACGCGGCUGCCGCGAUCGAAGCGCUGGAAUGAUGAUUCCAACGAGCUACUUUUACGAUUUCCGCGAAAAGUCAACUUUCGCAUCGAUUAUCAAAGUCACGAAGGCUUUCUGCGAUGAACACGACAUCGAACUCAAGGAUUUCAACAUCUACAAUUCGGAAAGCGUCAAAACAGGCCUUCUUCUUUUCAAACGUCUUCGCAAAUCACUGAGACACAAGAUGAAAAAGAUAAUUUAUUUCUCUGAAAAGAUCGAAUCUGAGCAUCGCGAAACGUUGAAAUCAAUCGCAGAGAUGAACGGCGCAACGAUUUCCGAGUCGAGAGAAGAUGCCACGCAUCUGAUUUAUCAACACUCGCAAUUUCGCAAGCCAAGUAGAGAGCACUGUACGCCACUUAAAACGUGGGAUGAUCGAGUGCUUGUCCAUUGGUGGUUUUCCCCGCCGAGCUAUCAGACGUGGGUCGAUGCAGAGCUUGUGCCGACCACUGAUCGCUUUGAAAACACUGCCCAAGAGCCAAACACUAAAUGGAAGUUGAGUCAUCACUGGAUCGAGAACAGCUAUUUAUUCAACGAGUGGAUGAACGAGUGGGACUACCAGCUCAAUGCCUCGAAUAUGGAGCACAUAGGGCCAGCAAAACACCCUGUUUUCAAAGCAUUCAAGCCGUUGGACUCCGGGGAUCCAAGUUUAAAACGUAAGGACGCGGAUCUCACCUCGCCUGGUGGCCAAAAGAAAUCAAGGAGGAGUAGAAAUAAGCCGAUGAUCGAAGAAGAUCUUACAAAGGGUAUGGAAAAUCCAGACCCAUCCCCACGAGUAGAGCUCGUCGAGAUUCCCAAUAUCCCGCUUGCCUCUCAACCGAGCGCAAACAUUCCACCGUCAACCAACAGAAACCUUCGAAAUGUGACUUUAUUUGACCUUGACUGCCAAGACUACGAUAUGCCAUCGGAUAUAGUCGCGGACGCCGACCAGGUGACGGAGCAAACGCACCACAUUAUUAUCCCAUCAUACUCUGCCUGGUUCGACUACAAUGCAAUCCACGCCAUUGAAAAACGCGCUCUUCCGGAGUUCUUCAAUUCGAAGAACAAAUCGAAAACCCCGAAGUCUACCUGGCCUACAGAAAUUUUAUGA